UCUCGUGUCAAGCAGUUUUUAAUCUAGAUAUCUUUUUAAUAAUACAAAAUUUUCGAUACAAAAAUAUCGUUCAAGAAACCAUCAAAAAAUUCGGCAAAACCAAUAUAAAAGGUAAACAAAGUAUAUUCUCAACUUCAAUAAAAAAAGGGGAAAUAUGUCCCAACUAGCGAACGGUCUAGUGGAACGUGUAAUAGAAAUAACAGGAACAACUGAGGCUGAGGCAAAACAUUUAUUGGCAGCUUGUAACAAUGAUGCAGAAUCUGCAGUGGCAUUAUUUUUCGAAGGAGGCGGCGGUAACGGUGAAAAUGUUGAAGCGAUAAGUAACAAUAGUGUGUCAGAGUCGGCACCAAGUUUGCCUGUUUUGAGUGAGGCAGUGCGUGCACCUAUAGCUCCUAUACGGGAGCAAUUGAUUGGGCCAGAAGACGAUAACUUUUAUACGGCUGCACCUCCGACUGCCAGCAGCACGGGCCAUCGUUCAGUUAGAGAUAAGCCUCGAGUUAAGGUAUGCCCAUUAAGAGAUUUCGCUCGUGAAGGCGCUUUAAUGGAGGAGCAACUUCAAGCAGAUAGCGAUUAUUUGGCCAUGGAGGGUCUUUAUGAAACGACGGCCACGCCUAGUCGCCCCGUCCGACGAGAACGUGUUGCUAUGGUAACUGCACUUCAAAGACAUGAACCCAAGCGCAAGCGUUUGGAAGAUUUGUUUCGUCCCCCCACAGAUAUAGCAUUUGCUGGACCAUUCCAAGCGGCUCGUUCACGUGCCGAGGCAUUAAAACAAUGGUUACUGGUUAAUGUUCAAAGUGAUAGUUUCGAAUCCCAAUUAUUAAAUCGUGAUGUGUGGAAUGACAAAUUAUUGCGGGACCUAAUGAAACGUCAAUUUCUAUUGUGGCAAGUUGAUUCUGAAUCUUCCGAAGGACGCCGUUUUGUAACAUUUUAUCAUUGCCCUAAACUUCCCUAUUUGUGUGUUAUUGAUCCGCGUACGGGCGAGGAAAUGUGGAAGAGCGUCAAUCCAAAGCAGGAAAAUGUAUUAGUAGAUCUUCAGCAUUUUCUAAAGGAGCACAAAGACUUUAGUCAUGAGUUGACAUCAGUCGAUGAAUCGGGGCCCUCUACAUCAAAUAGACGUACUAAUGCUACCAUAUCUUUAGACAGCGAUGAAGAGUUUACUCAUAAAAGCCAUUAUGAUGAAGAUAGUAAUGUUAAGAAACGUAGUAAAUUAAUGGAGCUUACCGAAGAAGAGCAAAUAGCUCUAGCUAUACGUAACUCCAUGCGUGAAAAUGGUAUUAAUGGUGAUGGUAAUACAGCUACUCAAAGAGAAAAAUCUGAUAAUCGAGAAGAAGAACUUGAAAAUUAUUGUGGCAGUGUUGAAGAAUUUAAAGAGGAUGAUACAAAAAGUGUGUGUGAAAGUAUGUCAUAUGAGCAACAAUUGGGAAAAUCUAGUGACGAGCUCACCAUGUUAAAGUUAAGACUUCUAAAUGCUACCGGUAGCGAUGAAGUUGUUCAAUUGCGUUGGCCAUCUGAUACAUUGGUUAAAGUAUUACGUAGCUACAUACAGCAAGUUCAUCCUCACAUACCGAAAACUGGUUAUAAAUUAAUAUGUGCAUUUCCACGUAAAACUCUGGAGAAGACUCAUGAUGACUGCUCUCUGAAAGAGAUUGGCUUGCAUCCUUCUGCAAAUCUGCAUAUAACUUUGGAUGAUUGAGGAGAAAUUCGCCAAACCUACUUAUAUUGCAAAACGAAUAAUGUUCCAGCUUCUCUCCUCCGGUAUUAGUUUUGUGUGAAUCUCUUUUUGUAUUGCAUCACUCUAUGAUCAUAUUGAUUUUUGAAAGUAUGGUUUUCAAAUGUUUUUCUUUUUGCGUUUUUUUAAGUCCAUAUUUGAAAAACAAAUUAAAAAGA